AGCCCAAAAAAUCGGAAAAAUCACAAAAACUCAAUUAAGAACCGUGUCGGGAGACGAAUUAACGAAACCUCGAGACUAAAAACGACAAAUUACGCGAAUUGCAAGUGCAGAUUGCAAGAAAUCGGGCCGCGACAAGUAGACAUACGAAAAAACUCGAUCGCAGACUUCUUUGUUCUUCGGCUGAACGACGAUGGCAGAGUGCAAUUAGACGACUCGUUGCUCGGGCACCAGCUAUGGAAGACAAUUUGAGUAUCAAGUCAUCGGAUUCUGAGUAUGAAAUUGUUCCGGAAACGCCAGCUUUGAAUAUCAGCUUGAGCAAGGACGAGGUAGACACGACGAAGAUGGACGAAGGGAGGAAAGAGGGUGUCAUUCCGAUAUCGCCAGUACUUAAUAUCGCCGCGAACGGGGAUAUUCAGGAGUUGGAGAAGAAUCUCACGGAAGUCAUUAAGGAGUGCGAUGUCAAUGAGAAGGAAGAUGCAUCGGAUGCACUUUCGUCAUCGACAACUUUGAAAAAACCCGCACUUUGUUUGGAUAAUUUGCCAGUUGCGACUUUGGAGACGAAAAAUGUCCAAAGUCCCAAUAGUUUGACGACUCCCGAUCCGAAUAAGGUGGGACAGUCCGUUUUUUAUGACUGCAUGGAUGCCAGUCCAGCGGGUGAGACAACGCCCGGCACGAAAACUAAAGAGCGAAGUGACACGGAUGACGAGGAAGUCUCCGAUAUCGAUCAGGAAUGCACGAAAUUCUCUGCCGUGACGUAUUUGGGAGCAGUUAAUAUCAAUGCACCCAAGUCUGAGUCGGAAAUUCGACGAAAAAUGUCCGAAAUGAAUGCUUUGUGCAGCAAUACGGGCAUCGAUGUCUCAAUUAGUGUCCCGAAUGGACCGGAAGGUGUUGUUGUAUUGUACGACAACAAAAACUCAGUAGUGUCCACUUAUCAAAUCCAGCGAAUAUUAUUUUAUACUCCGGGACCCGCAGAUACGGCAGAUUCCGCAUGUUUCGCAUUCACAUGGUCUCAUGGCACAGCGCAGGAUGCUCAGAUAUUCCAAUGUCACGUUUUUCGUUGCCAGAUUCCGGAAGCAAUAACGCGAGUCAACAGCUGUUUUUAUAAGGCAUUCAAUCGCUUGUCCGCAAGUAUGACUUGUUCCGUGACAUCGACAGCUGCUACGUCCGAAAAUGCCAUGGUAACGUCAAUUUGUUCCGACAUGACGGGAAAUCCCUUGUCGCAAGCCAUGUACGAGUUCAACGUCUCUCUAGAAAUUCGCGAAAAAGUGGCAAAAAAUUCAUAUUCCGCUGUCGCAAGAGACAAAAACGUCUUCAAGUUACGCUGCAACGUCGACAAGGAAGUUUGUAUUGUGGUCAAACAGGUGCCAUCGGGAAAUUUGCCGCCAUUACUGAUCGAACGUUGCUUCGGCGUAUUAUUAAGUCCCGGAAAGCUGAUCCGCCAAGCUGACAUGCGACUCUUGGAUAUGGCUCACAUGGGUUACUUAAAAGUCGACGGCAGUCAAUUGUCUCCCGCUUUGGCGCCGUAUCAAGUGCAGGCCGAAUGGAAGGCAAACGAAAAAGCUUUUGAGAUUUUGAAUGCAGAGUCACCGAAAAAAUACGUGACUGUAGCUGUGGAUCUUGUGAUAAAGGGGAUUUCGGAGCCAGUUCGCUUCGUGAUCGAAACAAUGGUGACAAUUGCGUCGCAAAACGAGUCGCGGCUCAUGGAUAACUUACUUUUGAGUAAACGCCCGCUUUUGCAAAAGUUUUAUUUGCAGCUGAAGGACAGUGCUGGCAGCUGGGAAGUCCAAAGUAUCGAUCCGAGUGAGGAAAUCAUCGAAGUUUCGCAAUCCGGAACAUCGUUGCGAGCGUUUACGAAGAAUUUAUCGAAGAUGGUGAGGUCGCAAAGUGCUCUCUCGUUCGAUUUUGAUGACAUUACGGACUUGACGGAAGGCGAUUGUCUCUCGGAUACCGACGAACCUUUACUUUCGGGCACUGGCGAAGUCUCGAAAGAAUGUUCCGUGGACUGUUUGGAGGAAUGGAGUCUCGUCCUGCAGGAAUGGGAAACAAAUAAACGUCCAAAAGCACUCCCAGCCCUCGUUCGAGCCGGCAUCCCAGAGGCCCUACGAUGUCGCGUAUGGCAAAAACUCGCAGGAACCGAAAAUGCCACGGAGCUGAUGGAGCGUUAUCGGAUCUUAAUUACCAAAGAAACGUCGUGUGAGACCGUUAUUCAACGAGAUCUGAACCGCACCUUUCCCGCACACAAAUUUUUCAAAGAUUCCGGUGGUUUGGGUCAAGAUUCCCUGUACAAGGUCUCGAAGGCUUAUGCAGUUCAUGAUGCCGAAAUCGGAUAUUGCCAAGGAUUGAGCUUCAUUUCGGCCUCUUUGCUGCUCCACAUGCCCGAAGAAGAGGCAUUUGCGGUUCUCGUUGCGUUCAUGUACGACUACAAACUGCGCGAUCUCUACAAACUCGGUUUCGAAGCACUUUAUUUGCGACUUUACCAGCUAAAUCGUCUGCUAAAGGAGCAACUUCCCGAUUUGUGGGACCAUUUCGAGGCAAAUGGCGUUGAAACGCACAUGUUUGCCAGUCAGUGGUUCUUGACACUCUUCACGGCUCGCUUUCCGCUCUGUUUCGUGUUUCACGUGCUCGAUUUGUUCCUGCUCGAUGGACAAGCGGUUUUGUUUCAAGUUGCCAUGACGUUACUCUACAUUUGCAAGAAGGAUCUCUUGGAGUUGGAUUUUGAGGGAAUUUUGAAAUAUAUUCGGGUUUCGCUCCCGAAAAAGUGUCGCAGUGAAGCGCAAACACGAAAACUCAUGAAAAUGGUUUGCGAGUGGAAAAUCAAAAAGUUGAAAAAGUACGAAGAUGAGUAUCGUAUUCAGAAGCAGGAGGAGGAACGUGAACAGGCGGCGCUGAAAUAUUAUGAGGAAAAGUUCGAUGAAGAGCGGAAAAUGUUACAGACUGAAAUAGAAUUACUUAAGAGUCGCUUGCAGGAGACGGAAAAGCAAGAAAGACAGGGUAAGAAUAUCAUCAGUGACUACAAGCAGAUUAUUCAGAGGCAGGAACAGCAGAUUAACAAACUCACCACAAUGGUGGAAGAGGUUACGAAAGUCGUUGGCAACUGCACAAAAUGCUCCUCAUCCAUGCCGCAACACUCGCCCCUCCACAAGCCACUUCCCCUCAAUGGACUCGAAUCCGAACCAGCAACCGAAGUCAGUCAUCCCUUGGAUCCGCUGCACGAAGCACAACAACGCAUUCGUGAGCUGGAACUCGAAUUGGCCAAAACCAAACUGGACAAGGUCGAAGCAGAAUGUCGAAAUCAAGAUUUGAACCACAAACUGACAACAAUUUCGGAAAUUCAUCAAAAAAGUGGCGGCGCAACUGGCACUGGACCCGCAAGUUGGCAACCGUGGUUAUCAAAGACCCUCAAUACGAUCCAGGAGAAGGUGAAUACAACAAAACGUGAUAUUCCGACGUUCCAGGCGCAUGUUCCGCUCGAAGGGAUUGGGAUUGCUGCGAGUGAGCUGAGUGCUACAAAUCUGAAGAAUAAACUACUCCAACAGAAAAACAGCCAAAAUCGACACAGUUUUGAUGUGGCAAAACUCUCAAACCAAUCAUCAGGGACUACAAACAAGGAUCCAGAACAAUAAUUUCCUUUUGAAAAGAAAAAAAAAUGACAUGCCUUCGUACAUUAAAAAAAAGAAUUUGUGAAGAUUGCUUCGAUUAUGACUCUAAAAGAUUGCUCCUAAGCCUAAAUAAUGACAUAUGAAUUAAAAAAUGCUUAUUGCUUAAAAAAACAUACUAAAAACUCUAAAUAAUAUUCUCUUAAAAUAUUUUAUGUUAGACGUUAAGACUUUAACAACAAAAAAAAAACAUAAACAUUCGUAUAAUUAUAAAUGUACUAACAAAAAAUAUUAAAUUAGAAAUUUUGCACGACGAAGAUUAAGAGAACGAGAGACAAAAUUUUGCACGCAAUCAGUAUUUUUUAGAAAUUGAAAAAAAAAUUGUUUUCUUACACGAAUUUGAAUUUUAAAAAAAUAAUAAUUUUUUAUAUCAAAGAAAAUUAAUUUUAAUUCGAAAUUAAUAGAAUUUUUGUUAAACACGACACGUACUUUGGGAUAAUUUUUAGAAUGUUACAAA